CAGCUACAGUUUACCCGGGCACUUUCAGUCAUUGGAUCUCUCCUUGCUGCAGGCGCAAUACAGCCCACAGCGUCGGAAAAAUUGACGCUUUAUGGGCUCUAUAAGCAGGCCACUGAAGGUGAUUGCCACCUUCCUCGUCCCUCCUCACGGCAAGUGGGCAUGUUUGCAAAAUGGCGAGCGUGGGAUCGUUUGCGAGGUAUCAGCCCAGCAGAAGCUCAAAAAUACUACGUCGAUACACUACUUGAACUCUUG